GACAUACUCGAGAAGGAGACGGCCAUCGCAUUGCUCCACCUUCAGUUCAGCUCCCUCCCUCCGUCGAUCUGAGGCCAACCAGAACCGCCGCCUUCUCUCACAGUUUCUCACCGUGAUCGCCAUAUCUUCUACCGAUAGCUUCCACAAUUCAAUGGGAGUUUGAUGCCAAAGCAUUAACCGGAAGCCAAUAUGUCCGUACUGAUUGUAACUAGUUUAGGGGACAUUGUUAUCGACCUGCACACCGAGAAGUGCCCCUUGACCUCCAAGAAUUUCUUGAAGCUGUGCAAAAUUAAGUACUACAAUGGGUGUCUGUUUCAUACAAUUCAGAAGGAUUUUACUGCUCAGACUGGUGACCCGACUGGCACUGGGACUGGUGGUGACUCAAUCUAUAAAUAUCUAUAUGGAGACCAGGCUCGAUUUUUCAGUGAUGAGAUUCAUCUCGAUUUAAAGCAUUCUAAGACUGGCACAGUUGCAAUGGCCAGUGCUGGAGAAAAUCUUAAUGCUUCUCAGUUCUAUUUUACCUUGCGUGAUGAUCUCGAGUAUCUUGAUGGCAAGCACACUGUAUUUGGAGAGGUAGCUGAAGGACUUGACACUUUGAGUAGGAUUAAUGAAGCCUACGCAGAUGAGAAGGGCAGACCAUACAAAAAUAUCCGAAUCAAACACACCUAUAUACUGGACGAUCCAUUUGAUGAUCCUUCCCAGUUAGCUGAGUUAAUACCAGAUGCUUCACCAGAAGGAAAACCAAAAGAUGAGGUUGUUGAUGAGGUGCGGCUGGAAGAUGAUUGGGUGCCACUGGAUGAGCAGUUAGGCCCAGAAGAACUUGAGGAGGUUUUUCGUGCAAAGGAAGCUCACUCUAGAGCAGUUGUGCUUGAAACUAUUGGAGAUAUCCCUGACGCUGAGAUAAAGCCUCCUGAUAAUGUGUUAUUCGUUUGUAAAUUAAAUCCAGUCACAGAAGAUGAGGACUUACAUACAAUUUUCUCCCGUUUUGGAACUGUCUUAUCGGCUGAAGUUAUCCGUGAUUUCAAGACUGGAGAUAGUUUAUGCUAUGCCUUCAUAGAGUUUGAGACGAAAGAGGCAUGUGAACAAGCAUAUUUUAAGAUGGACAAUGCUCUGAUUGAUGAUAGAAGGAUACACGUGGAUUUCAGUCAAAGUGUUGCAAAACUAUGGUCCCAAUACAGGCGCAAAGAUUACUCAGCAGAUAAAGGAAAAGGCUGCUUUAAAUGUGGUGCUCCCGACCAUAUGGCAAAGGAUUGCACCGGUGGACCACCUGCAAAGUUCAUCUUGAAGGACGAUAACGUCCAGCAUGGUGGAGAUGAAUCUAGAGACCACGGGAAAGAUAAGCAUAUAGAGAAGCCAAAUGAUCGGAAGCAAAGGGUCAAUAGUCGAGAGCGAUAUCCAGAAAAGAGGGGUGCUAGCGAUAGGCAUGAAUCAAGUGACAGAAAUAGAUCCAGGGAGAGAGAUAUGCAUCGAGAAAAUAAAGCAAGACACUCCAGUGGGCACAGAGGAGACAGGGAUGAUAUUGAUGACCGGAGGCACCAUGAAAUACAAAGGAAGAGACAAAAUGACCGAGAUGAUGACUGGAAAAAGGAGUUGGAUUAUCACAAAAGAGCUUCAAAUGAUGAUGACGCUUAUGACAGGAGGGAUUAUGAAGCUAGUAGAAGUAGAAGUAGAAGGGAAUAUGGUGACAACCAGGAAGGGAGGAAGGAUGAAGAUUAUUAUGGCAGAAGGCAUGCAGAUAAGGGUAGCCAUGCAGAGAAAAAGCAUGAGAGAGAUGAUAGAAGAAUAAGUACAGAUGAUAGUCGAGAAUAUAGGAGAGACGAAAGGGGUCAUGGAAAAAGAAAUUUGGAUGGUGACAAAGCAGAGGUGAAAGAGGGGUCGCAUUAUAAGAAAAGAUAUGCAGCUGAUGAUGGUUACAAGGACAGGAGAGACGAGCGGGAACCCAAAAGACGCAGCAAGGAAGAAUAUUGGGUCAGAUGAGGGAUGAGCUAUUUAAAUUGAAAGUAGAGAGCAUGUCACAAGGGCAUGUGACAAUGGCUAUAAGAGCAGAAGGCAAGAACUAAAAUGGCAAAGCAGGGAAAUUGACAACUUCCAUGGUAGUCUUCUAUGAUAUGUUGUUACCUGUGGAUAAAAAUUUGGGUUGGAACACAAUUUACUGCCUUUUGACCCUUAUAAGUAGGCCUUUUUUUCCCGAUGCAUUCUUCAAAUAAUGAUACUUGACCAUUCGUUUCUCAAUGCAAAUUUGUUUCCUCUUUCUUUCUCAAUGCUUCAGUAAUGAUGCCUGAGUACGACCAUUCCUUUUUGAAUGACCUUGUAGAUUCACUGAAAGUUGGAACCAAACAACGGUAUGAUCGAAGACAAAUUUGAUCCAAUUAUUUAGUGUGAUAUUGGUGUCAUUAAUUUGACGGUAGUAAUGAGCAAGGAGUCAAUGUAGGUGGGAUGAAAAAUGAAUGACAAUGGAAAGGACAAGUUGACUUCUGAUUAGGACAAAGUUACAUUUAGGGAUACUGCCAAUAUUGUUGGUACAGGGAGAAGCUAUAAAGAACAUUAAAUUCAGAGGCAAACAUUUUCCAAA